AGGUGGCGUCACCCUGAAUGUCGGGGAUGAGGCGCACCCUGUGCGCGUGCCCGACCUGGAGAGCCCGCGCAUCCGAGCGGCGAUGCGCAAGCUGGGGAUCACGGUGGCGGACUUGCGAGGUGAGCCGGCUGGCAGUCUGCCCCCGCGGAAGGCGGAGAUGCUGCACAGGAAGCGCCUCGGGCUGCUGGCGGAGGUCGAGGAGGUGGCCGCCAGGCUGGCCGACGAGGCCGCGGAGAAGCUGCUGGUGCGGGACCUCGCUUCCGAGGCGCGCGAGAGCGGCCGCUCCAGCGGCUGGCGGUCGGCCCGGGCGGAGUCCAGGGCGGACGACAGGUUGAAGGUGCUGCGAGAUCAGGCUGUCAGUGACGUGGCCAAGAUCAGGGAGGAGGAGGUGCUCAGACUCAAGAGGCUGCAGGAGGGGAAGGAGAAGGACGAGAUGGCUCGCAGGCGCCUCGGGGAGAGGCGAAGGGAGGACCAGGACAGGAGGAACCAGGCGAUCUUGGCGAAGGAGACCGCGAUGGAGAAGAAACAUAACAACAUCAAGGCCGCGGAAAAGAAGCGCAGAGAGGAGGCCCGGGAGCUCAUGCAGAGGCUUCACGCCGGCUUUCAGAAGGGCGAGGAGACGCAGAGGAAGAGGGUCGAGGGCUGGCAGACCACCCGCCUAGAGCGCAGCGAGAAGUUCGAGGGGGUGCUGCAGCGGAAGGAGCGGCAGGACCUGGCGCAGCAGAGCGAGAUGGCCAUCAGGCCGCCCAGCCGGCGGGGCCUCCGAGCCAUGGUCUUGAUGCAGAUGGGCGGCAUGGGCGGGGGCGGCCUGGGCCUGGACGGGCCGGUGCCGGAGAGCCUGAGGCAGACCCACGCCAAGUUUUGGUGGGCGUACUUCGUGCUGAUCCUGGCGUCGCUCGUGGUGGAGCUCUUUGCCCUCGACGUAUUCGGGGUGCUGUUCGCGGGCCUGAUGGCCUUCAUCGUUUGGUACAUGGUGAAGAACUCGUGCAAGAACAUGAGCCAGUACUGCCUCUUCAUCUUUGGCGUCAUGUGCAUGAUCGAGGCACUCUUCGAGCUCCUGACGCUGGUCACCGUGAUCGGGGGGCGGAGCACCUCUUCGACCACCGAGUCGACGUCGAAAGACGAGGACGGGAAUACUGUCGUGUACUACACCACGGUGGUGGAGGAGACGCCUUUCUACGAUUCGUCACAGGGCCUGACCUACAACGCAGAGUCCGUCGGGUACAUCCUGUCUCCGGCUGUCAUGGUCGUCGGGGCCAUCCUUUGCUACUUCGCCUACCAGGCGUACGAUACCAGCCUCUGGGGAGACGACCUCGAGGACGGAAGGAUGGAGAACUUCGACAACAGAAGAGGAGGGUUCCAACGCAGAGGAUCCAGGGCAACGUUCGGGGGGAUAGGACCCCCCGCCCCGUUCUGCCGGCAGACAGCGGCCGCUCUUCGAGGGUCAGGGCCAGCGACUGGGCGACUGAGGGCCGAGAGCGGAGGCCUCCCUUUCCAAGCGCGGAGGCCUCGCUGA